ACUUCCGGGUUUAAGUGGGAUCCGUUCACGCCGGUUGGGAACAAACCUCCACAUCGAACACGCACAGCGAGCGCGUGAGGUCUCGUGCUCUGUAACCGCCACGAGCCUGAGCAUUUGGAUCGCGUUGAGCCGACGACGCACGCGCAGGGUGGAGACAUGUCGGCCGCCUUGCACGCGCAGCUGGCCGCCGUCAUGGAGGUGCUGGCUAACGCGGCGGUGGCGGAGAUCUGCGAGCUGGUGGACGGAGGCUACUCGCUGCUGCAGCUCGAGAUCUCGAGGAGCCGCAAAGAAAACGAGGCGCUGCGCCGGAAGCUGCGGCUCGUGGAGCUGCGCGCCGCACGCGCGACCGCACUACGCGCCGCCGCCGUGGCCGCGUGCGGCAGCGCGGUGCCGCACGCGAGAGGCCGCGCUCGAGCUCCGCCGCCUGCUCGUCCCCAUGGCAACGACCCGAGGCGGAACCGAGCACCAGGUGAAGUGCUGGUGUCGGGGGGGACAGGACAGGACACCGCUCCAGUGACGCCGGCUGCUGCUGAGUCGGUCGUCGUGUCGGUGGCGGUGAUCAAAGUGGAGGACGACAGCGAGGACGAGUCCUGGUCCCAGUCCCAGCAGAGCACUGUUUUUUGUCGAGCUGUUGAAGAACAGAAGACGGCGACUGAACCUUUCCACCCGCUGACCGAACAGGAAGCGGCAGGCGGAGGCCCAAACACCCUGAACUCCAGCCGGGGGCUCGAACCCGGCAGUUAUGGAUGUCUGAUGUACGAUCCACAGCUCCAACAUGGCCCCCGCACUACCCAGAAUCCCCUGAGUGAGAGUCCCGGCUGCUCGUACGUGCUGAACACCAGUGAGCUGAGUGCCUCCGGUUCCGGCAGCGGCAGCUUUACUUUCAACGCCGGUGAGACGAGCCCGUCUGCAGCAGAGCUCCAGACGGCCGCAGCGUUCAUAGACAACCAGCAGAGGGCGCCGCUAGCCACCGACGAGCCUCAACAGCCAGUGAGAACAGAGGUGACGGAGAGACGGGCUGCUUCCCUCAGGAGGGACAGGUGGAGACACCAGGGCCGGGUCAGCAGGGCUGCCAUCCAGGGCGGAGAGGACGGCGGGGGGAAUUCGUUUGUGUGUAACUGCUGUGGUAAAACUCUGGCCUGCCUGAAGAACCUAAAGAUCCACAUGAGGGUGCACACGGGCGAGAAGCCUUUUGUCUGCUCGCUCUGCGGCAAGCGCUUCUCCGACUCCAGCAACUUGAAACGCCACCAGAGCGUCCACACCGGAGAGAAGCGCUACGGCUGCGUCCACUGCGGCAAACGCUUCGCUCAGUCGGGCUCCCUGAAGGUCCACAUGACCGUCCACACCGACUGUAAACAGUUCAAGUGCUGGUACUGUGGCAAGACGUUUAUAUCAGGCGGCCACCUGCGAAGACACAUCACUGUCCAUGCAGGAGACAAACGAGGGCCGCCCACAUAACAGGGACAGUGAUGGUGGGGGGGUUAAAGGUCAGAGGUCAGAUCCCAGGAGCCACAUGUGCAGUGAAUGGACAAAAUAACAGACCAGACCUGAGCCGCUGUACCAAGGUCCCGCCCAUGCACAUGAUCUACCUAUCAGGACUCAGCUGUCAGCCUGUUUUUAUCAACUGAUCUGAAACACUUGAACAAACAUCGGCGAAAUAAGAACGACUUGACCUGACAGAAACAUUUGAUGGUGUUAGUUUGAUCCCAUCAGCUAACAUGGAGGAGGCUGGGUUAAUGACCUGUAUUGCUGCAGCCACAAGGGGGCGAUGGACAUGUUUUAGCUUCACCUUUGUUCUGGAGGAACUGAAGUACAGAGGUCACAGAAAUACACUGGUUUCCUUUUAACGAAGUUUUAAUACAUGAUAAACAAAACAAUGCACCGAGUACUGUAAAUAUUAAAUCCCAAAACCCAGCGCCAUCAACAGGCCAACAGAGGAACUACUGCUGUUUGUUCAUUUAGACAAUUUACAGAUUGAAGCACAGCGAUCAACACUGCAGUCGGAUUUCAUAAGUGAAUAUUUUGGUGAUUUCUGACAUCAGAAUUGUUUCAAAUUAAAAUCCAGUUUACGGUUUUCAGAGCAGAGAUUUUACAUGGACACAGAAGAGAGGAAUUCAAAUGAACAGUUAUAAUAAGUGCUGUCACAGGAAGAUAAUCACAUUUCAAACACUAUGUACAGGAUCAGUAACAACAUGUGCAGUAACAACAAUCAGAUCAAAAUUCAUUAUAAACGUCUUUCAGGAAACUUCAGGAAUUUCUUGUCUUUUGCAGUAAAUUAAAUAUUUUAAAUUUUAAAAAGUGUUGAAUAGAAAAUAAAACAUUCAACUUUGAUCAUUUAAAGCUGAAUUAAUUGACUGUCGGCCACCGGGGGGCAGCAGAUAAAAUAAACAACAUGAGACAGUUGCAUGUUUGUCACAUUAGGCAGUGAACUGGUUCAUGCCCAGUGUUCCCACUCUUUAGCUCCGGGUUUAGUCUCCACCUCCUCAAAAAAACUCCGGACUCAUAGUUUUGGCUGUAAAACUAAAACCAGGAGCUAUAAGAAGCUGAAGGUUCAUUCAUAUAAAACAUUUGCAGCUUUAAAUGCAAAGAUAUGCAAAUUCAUGCAGAGCAUUAGUAAAAAUAUCGUUAUAUAGAUUUUUAAACAUUGAUAUAGUGAUAGCAUUUCCUGAAUAUUCAGAUUUCAACCUAUUUGGCACUUUGAGUGAAUAAAUACACAAACACACAUCAGUCGAUGUAGAAACUCACAUUGAGUUUUAAAGGCCCGUUGUUUGGUACUUAUUAAAAAAAGCAGCAAAUUUGUCCUCAUCAAAUUCAACCGUGAAAAACCAAGUAGAGAAGUUCAGGCUGGACUCUCCGUGUUGCAGAUGCUGCGUUCAGGUCACGUGGACAAAUUCCCACAGUGAUGAUUUGUAAGAAUUCACAUGACAUUAAAUUUGGGUUUAAUCAGGUUCAAUGACAAACUUUGGUUGGUGGUGUUUGACUUUUCAAACGAUUCUGAGUAAAUAUAAAAACUUUAUUGACCUUUGAACAGUAGAAGUCAGGGUUGGUGGUAAAUCCCAUGUGAGCGAAACGCAGCGUCUGAACAGAAAUGAAGUUUCCUUCAGUUGAACGUAUCAGAUCCUAACGUGAUUGAAAGUAUGAAACUUCAUAAAGUCCAGAACCUUAUAAAGCCACUCGGCACAGAGCUUGUUAGUUUGGUCCCAGCUUCACUUCUACACUCGUUUUCAUGAUGAAGACACUGGACACUUUUAGAUGACUAAUCAUUUUCAAUGACAGAAUGAAUCCAACAAAGGUCAAAUCCCUGAUUUUGUGUUUCUCUCUCCCAGCUCAUUGCUGAGGUUUUAAAACUCAACCCACUCAAUCAAGUGUUUUCUUUAAUUAUUGCUUCAUCUGAAAUCCCUGCAUCACCGUCUGAACAAGAAGAAGCCUUCACACUGACCUGUUUACCACUGGACUCAUGAAUAAAUGCUGAUGGGCUUUUUUGUCCUGCCUGGGAUGUUAA